GAUCGAGAGCUAGAUAUAUAAGAUCGAGGCCAUGACCCGUCGCGUCAUGACGUAAUACAAAUUCUAACUAGCAGAUUUUAAUAGCAGAUUUAGCAAUGGCCGCUCCGCCGAAACCAUGGGAGAAAAGAGGCUCAAUAAAUCCUUCUUUAGGAUAUCCAGCCGACCAAGCAAUGCUCAACCAGCAUGUCAACCAAAGGUCAACCACAGGCUUACCAAAUACCCAGAGGAACUACCACUCUCCAGCAUCUGUGCAGCGAACACCCCCACCACUUCCCACCAGACCUAGCCAACAAAGCUCUCUCAUGUCAGGUAGUAUGGUGAAUCGCUAUGGGUAUGGAGGCUCAUAUGGAGGGAUGGGGAUGGGGUCUUAUGGGGGAGGAAUGUAUGGAGGAUACGGUGGGAUGUAUGGUGGAUCUGGAGGAGGCAUGUAUGGUGGUAUGGGGUAUGGCAGAGGGAUGGGCGCGGGUAACGAGCCAUACAGUCGAUUUGUUCAGCAAGCAGAAGAAAGCAGCAGACCUGCCUUUCAGUCGAUAGAGAGUAUCGUCCAAGCGUUUGCAUCCGUCAGCAUGAUGCUCGAGUCUACCUUCCAAACGGUAUACAACAGCUUCAGAGCUGUCCUUGGUGUUGCUGAACACUUCUCCCGUCUGAAGAUUCAUCUUGCAAAGAUCUUCUCCGCCAUAGCCCUCUUCAGGUUCCUGCGGUACAUCUACAGGAAGUUACUGGUUCUGUUAGGGUUAAGGACUCAUGAGUUUGCAGAGGAAAUAUGGUUGGAAGCAGAAAGCCAAGCAGCGGAAGGAGCAGUGUCAUUGAUGCCAUCCGGAGGGAAGCAGAAGAGAGCGCCCUCAUGGCCAAUCUUCAUGUUCUUUGCUGUAGUUGUUGGAGGUCCUUACAUCAUCUGGAAACUACUGUCUUCAAGUGAAGAAGAACCAGAGGAAUGUCCUGACUGGGCUACAGGUGAAGAGGAUCAUGUAGUUGGAAGAGCAGAGUAUGAUUUUGAUGGUGAUUCGGAGAAAGAGCUCUCAUUUCACAGUGGAGAUGUUCUCAACUUGGCACCUAAAGAUCAACAACCCAAGGUCCGUGGCUGGUUACUAGCCAGCAAAGGUGGUGAGAAGAUCGGCCUUGUUCCUGCCAACUAUGUCAAGAUCUUGGGAAAACGCAGAGGUCGCAAGUACGCACCGAACACACAGGAAGGGAAUCCUUUAAACUCAAGUCAGUCGAUGCCUCACUUACCAGUAAACCAACCAUCCAUCUCAGCCUCUGGGUCACCGGGUAAAGCGAUGACUGCAGGUAAUCUUCAAAGCAGCCAAAGUUCUACUGACUUUGGACAUGCCUUCAAUGCCUCCUCAACUCCUGGUGACAUGGAGAGUGGUUUCCUAGCAGGGCAGAGCUCUAAUGAGCUUGGGGAGGAUUUUGUUUUCAGGUCCGACAAUGUGAACAAUUCAAACUCUUCGUCUGCCGACCUUCAGCAAGAUUUUGCCGGCUUUGAUAAAACAUUCUCUUCAGGAUCUGAGCCAAAAGAACCAGGAGCAGUAGAAAAACACUGACAUAUAUUGAUAUAAGGUGAUUAAAUAUGAGAAAAAUAUUGACAUUCAUGAACUAGUGAUGUUGCAUUUCGCACAUUUCUAUUGAGGAAUUGUUAAGAUCAUUACCGUUAAUACUCAUCACUUGAUGUGAACAACUUGGAGUUAGAAGAUUAGAAUCUAUGUUGACUGUCCCUGUGAGUGUGCAGUCACCCCUAUCCAUAGUCAUAAGGAAAUCAUGUACAGUGGAUGGUCAUACUUCUCGUUUCAGGAAAUAUUUUCUUUAACGUCCCAUUUGGCUUUCUGCGGUAUUUAACUUCGUAUACGAGUAGUACCACUCAUGUUUUUUCUAAACAACCCUCUGGAAUCCGUAACAUAAAGCUUUGUGAUUGAUCAUGGGCCAGAUUUACAUUGUUCAUGCACAAUGAUCAGUACAAUCAUUAGUAAUAAUAUUCCACUGAAAUUAUAUAGCGCUUAAUACAUUGGAACAACGUCUCAAGGCACUUUUUACAGAUACAUUUUUAGCCCGGUCAUCGGAUCCUGACAAGACCGCAUACAAUGUAUGCAUCUUCUCCACAGUGACUCCCUGGGGAGCAUUUCAACAAGGAGUUCCAAGACUUGAUUGCUAGGCAUACUACAUAGGCUUUCGCAUCCUACCGGGUACCCAUUUAACACCUGGAUCGAGAGUGGCAAAUUGUGGAAUGAAGCCUUGCCAUGGUGGUAUUCGAACACACGACCCUUUGUUUGCAAGGCGAGAGUCAGAACCGAAUUGUAGAACCCAGCCCUAUGGUUGGUCACUAUAUAAGCUUUACAUGUACGGUACGUUAUGGGUUCCUGACCCAUAAACAUGAAACUUUUCAUGUUAUCAAUUAUUAAUACAAGUUUUAUUAUACUCGUGCAACAAAACUCUUAUUCAAGAUUAUGUUGAACCCAGAGAAAGGUUUUCUCCCUUCUGGGCCCUGUAAUGAUGGGGCUGAUUUCCCAUCGAUUGCAUUGGUUAUUGCAUAUGAUCAAUUGUAAAAUCAGCUCCACACUCUAUCGCAUAGCUUUGUGUUACGGGGCCCCCGGCCGAAGUGACAAACCAUACCAAAUACAGUGCUAUUGAUCAUGGUUAAUACACAAAAGCUCAAUAUUUUUUGUAAACAUACUUCUGACAAGAGGAGGUUUGAAGUCCUGAUACACAGAUGUACACCAAUCCUAAUCAAAUGUUCUGGAUUACCACAGGGAAAAGCUAACUACAGGUAAACUACGUCGACGACCUAUAUAAAAAUAAAUAUGCGCCCAAGUGAAAGUAAUACUGUACCUCUUCUAAGUCAGAUUUCUCCAAAAGCUUACAGAUCCCAAAAUAUUCAACUUCUGGCAAAGUUAAUUUUGUUUAUCAUAAUAUAUCCCUGAUUACACAAUGUCAGUAUAGGGGAAAAACCAGACGUCCUUGUGAUAUAAAAUAACGCAGUAAUGCUAACCGUUCAGUUUUUAACAAAAUUGUCCGGGUUUUGAAGUUUUUAUUCCCCUAAAAAAUGCACGUUCAGAUUCUGUAUGGAUUUUGGUGCAUAUAUUAGUGUGUCAAUUAUCUUUUUUUAACAUAUCCAAAUAUCCAUGUCUGUAUUCUGAUUGAGCAAAUUAGAACACACUCAGGUGCAGUAAUUCUUGAGGCUGAAUCUUUUCCUCAAGGUAUGAAAAAGAUUGUACAAUUGUAAAUCCAAAAAUGCAUAAGCUCCCUACCGUGGGAGGGGGACAACUUCCUCCCAUACCCACCCCCUCCCUCGGAUGCUCCGCUCCCUUGUAACAAUUAGUUCAGUUUUCUGCUUUUCAAAUGUUGGUGAGUCUGAUAACGUUGAUUACAGAGUUUGGUUCUAUCAAUUUCAAACAGGACAUAAGCUUGGAAGAGGAAUGGUGCAAUCAUGAUUUAAUUGUUUACGUAAGAUCUUUUAUUUGUACUGGAUUAUAGUUUGCUCUUGUGUCUCGAGACACAUAACUCAUUACUGGUUCAACAUUCAAAGUUAUUAAUGUGUACAAAGUGAGCUCAGAAUUAUACAGAAGCCCCUUCUCAUAAAAAAUUGUAACUGUAGCAUCAAUGGUAACUUUAACGUAUGUAUAGCCACCCCUUUUCUCAUUUAUACCCAUGUUUUAUAUAAAGUAAUCAAGUUGUGUUAAUGGCAAAACUUGAUAUUAAGGUAUUGCUUGGAUAAAAUGGUUUUCCACACGUAUUACAACACACAUGUAUGCUUAUAGUCAUUCAGGCAUGAUAGCCUCUUAGUUUUAUCAAGCUACCAUUUAUUAUAUUUAAUCUGCCAUGCAUGAAUGAAUUGAGUAUUUGGUAAAAAAAUAUAAAAAAACAGGAUUUUACUCUUACUAGGCGGUGCUGCACCAGCCCGAGUUAGCUCAAUCUCGAGAUUCAAGAAACCUCAUCUCCACCAGCGAUAAGCAGAGCAAUUCUUGCUCGAGUGAGGCUUUGAUGCGUUAUGGUCUGACGCCGUGAAUAGAUAAUCCAGAGGUGAAUCUCAAGUGCGUCUGCACCUGCGAAUUAGCGGGAUAAUUCGAAAAUAGUGCGCUAUUUUGCAAAUAAUCCUAAGUUGACUUAGGAUUGCAAUCUCGAGAUUAAUCCAGCGAACUAUUGCGAUGAUUGCAUCACCAUUACAAAUAAUCUCAAGAUCGUUCAGAUCAGGAAAAUCUGCCGGAUCAGAAAUAGCGCGAUCAGUUUAAAACUCAGGCUGGUGCAGAUGGCCCUUCUGAAAGUGUCAGUUUGAUGACAGAUCUUAUUCUGAAAACAAGUUGCCCUUUUUCCUAGGACAGAAUGUUUAAUUCAUUUUAGGUAAAUCUUUGUGGCAAGACAUUACCUUCUCUCAAAUUGAUAUGAAUCCUUUAAAGGAAAAUGAAACCCAAAAUCAAAUGCCACAUAAUAUCAUUUAUACAAGCACGAUGAUCAAAAUAAUCCACUUUAUACAAAUGUAUAUAUACACCAAUCCAAUUUCACGGUAUGGAGUACAUGCACCACCUCUUCUAUUAAAGUUAAGCUUCUUCAGGUUCAAAGUCUCUGGAUGGAGGUCGCUAUAUUUGUGGGGUUAGUUCAAAAUUAAAAAAGUUCAAAAAUCUAAGUAGCUAUGUACAUUUUAGAUUCCAUUUCACC